GGCCUCUUGCUCCAACUUUGUUUCAGCGCACUGGCCGUGCAAUCUACGGCCGAUGAUGAUCUGUCUUCGUCAAAUAUAUCCUGCAUCAGGUCACUUUCGCCAUGAUUGGGGUGGGGGGAGGGGGAAGAGUCCGCGUGUGUAGGUUUCGCUCGCGGCUUUCCUUCUUCUGGCUUCAGCUCAUGAUGGUGUUCGUGAUGAGCGGCCAGUUCCACUCUCUAAGCGGCCACAUGAAAAGGGAGGGCCUUGGGCAUAAUCGCCUCAAAGCUUGAACGGUGGAUAUCUGCCAGGAAUGCAUGUCAAAAAGCUUGUAUGUAAAGUGCACCGAAUAAAAAGCCCAGACUCAACCCGCGGCUACUGCUAAGCCUGUCGCUGUGACUCAUAGAUGGACGUGUCUUGCAGGCUAUGACUCUGUAGUAGACAGACAGUAGAUAGUACUAACAUCAAGAGCAACACUAAUCACCAGACAACACGCAAAUUGCUUUGCUUCCGCAGAAAAUGGAUUGCUCCUACAUCCCAGAAGAUAGCAACACCUGGGACCGCUUCUACCACCCCGACCCAGACGACGAGGACCCCCCAACAUUGGACGAAAUCCGAAUCCUGCGGGAAUUCGUCGAUUGCUACGGGACGUCUGAUGCCAUCGCGGCAGACGAAGCUGCUCGCAAUUUCAUGUCUCUUUGCAACGAUGACCGCCACGGUGGUAUUGUCGAUAAGGGCGAGCGCGUGGGGUGGUUAUUGUGGGAUGUGGGGAUUGAAAUGCCGCGGUAUCAACCUGCCAUUCUAAGAUUGAUCCGCACGUGGCGAUUCAAGGAGAGGUUGGAACGCUGGAUAAAGAUGGAGGCAUUUGAGGAGAUUUGGUUUACGGCUUGGCAACGUUGCUGGGACUGGAGAUACCCUGGGCAUGAAUACGAUGACGAAGGCUAUUCUGACUUUCUCAAUGCCAACGCUUUCAACGCGCAUCGUCUUGCAGCCUAUCCACCGGACUCUCCACGUUCAAACGAACUAGGCAGGGCAUACCAGCUCAUCAUCUUCACGCUGGAGCAGGAUCCAUGGAAUCAUAUACCGGAGUCCUUACAGAAGGGAACCCGCUCCCCGCGAUUAAUUGACCGUACCUGGUGUAUCACAUCGCUGGACACUGAUGUGCAUGCCCUGGUGCCUUUUAUACAAAUUGCUGGGCACAUCAUCUUCCGUUUCAUAGGCAGGAAGGACCUCUCCGGGUGGGACUCUAUGAAAUACCCCGAUUCUAAUCUGUGGAAGGGAGAUACCAUGUUCUCACUAGAUCGCUGGGAGUUCUGGAGAGAGCGACUGCGAUGGAUAAGUGAGCAAGAUGAGCUUAAAGAAAGGACGCGUUGCGAAGCCCGGAUGUUAGAGAAACUUAUGCUGAGUAUUCAGCAACAUACGGAGUAG